AUGGCUGGUUCUGAUUCCGGAAUCUUCAAUUGGGAGCUGCUCGACGAGGCUGCCACAGUCACCACCCUUACCCUGGACCAACCGGAGGUCGAUGAGAAGGAGAAGGAACUUGGCCUGGCCGUGGAAACGCAGACCUCUGUUCUGUCCCGUCCUGUCAACACGCGCUUGGCCAAAGCGCGGUCCAUCAAAGAGGUGAACUCAUCAAAGGGUUCAGAACAAGGCAUGGGUGGUGGCAGAAGCAGGGAGAUCCAUCACUAUCACGAGGACAAGGAAUCCAAAGAGCUUGCGCGCAGGGCUAGUGAAGAAGCGGCAGCUUUGCGCGAGUCAAUGAUGAAGGAACGAAAACGUGUUCAGGAGCAGCAACAUCAGCUCGACCAGCAGCACCAGGAAACCCUGCGCCGCCUAGAACAGCACGCUGCGGAAGAGAGGGCCGCUGCAGAGAGAAGGUUGCGGGAAGAGGAAGAGAAGCGGCGCAGGGAGGCUCAAGAGGCCCUUCAACGUUUGGCGGAACAGGAGAGGGAGGCUGAAGCCCGCUUGGUUGCAGAGAUCCAGAAGGAGCGCGAUAACAUUCAGAAGCAGAAGCAUGAAAAGUGGUUGCGUCUCAAAAGAGAUUAUCCUAUCCCUGCUUACCUUGAGCCCUAUGUGAAUGAGGUGACCGAAAAUGCUGAGUUGGAUGGCGCGCGGGGGCGAUUUGUGAAUGUUGCCAUGCUGGGAGAUUCCGGAACUGGCAAGAGUUCGUUGAUCAGAGCAAUUUUGAAGCACUUUGACAUUACCUUGCCAGAGGAUGAGAUGCCCAAAAUCUCAAUGGAAGGCGAUGGAACGCUGGAGCCAGCGCGAUUUUCACUGGCCAAUCUGGGUCAAGUCUCAUUGUGGGAUCUUCCAGGGCAAGGCACCACGAAGAUUUGCUCCAGAACAUAUCUCUGCAAUAUGGGACUCAAGUACUUCGACCUGGUCGUCAUUGUCACAGAUGGUCGUUGGUCUGAAGGCGACGCAAGUUUGUUGGCCGCCAUCCGUUUUGCAGACAUCGGAUGCCUGGUUGCUCGAAGCAAGGUGGAUCUUGCAGUAGAGGCUGGAAAAGAAGAUCAAGGAUGGAGCCAACAAGAAACACUGCAGCACGUGAGCAAGAAAUUGCAAGAUCAAACCGGACUCACACCAGGUCGCAUUCAUUUGGUGACAUCAAGGCCACGCUUCUGGAAUGAAUUUGGCUCAGUCGAAAUCUUGUGCCAAAAGCUGGAAGGGGAAGUGCGAGCAUCCUUGGCAGGUGAGUCAGUGGAGGAGAUGUUUGACGAGCCCUCACGCUGGUCAACAGUGUUGGCGCUUCUGAAUGUACUCCAAUAUCAGCCGGAGGUGGACCACGUGUCCUGGACAGACAGUACCGGGCGAUACAAGCGAUACAGUGCCAUGAAGCUGCGUGGAGGGGUGGUGGUGCCGUCGUUAGCCCGUGCGGCAGAAGAGAUGGUACUGAACGCCAUCGAUGCAGAGGCCUCCAUGGUAGAGCAGGGCCCGUCGGAGCUGCGCCGACGGCUGGACCGGAUGGCGUUGCUGCGGCCGCAGCUGGCACUGCGGCUUCGCACCGGCCCACGAGAGGUAGAGAUCAUUGACCUUAAGCAGGAAGAUGUCAUGUCUCGAAUGCAGCGCGUUCUUGGUUUGAGCUGCGCCCGUGCUCUUUGCAGGGUGCAGCUCUCAUCAAGCCGAAGUGCAUGCAGCCUAGAAGGUGUCAUCUCAAGAUUGAAAGACGGCCACGCCAGCGACCAGUUCAUGUUUCUAUACAUCAACGGGCGCUUUGUGGAAGAGACGCCAAUCCACACGUCCAUUGCAAAUUUCUAUGCCACCAGCAGUGCCAUUGCAGCAGCUUUCCCAUCUGUGGAGAUUCCCAAAGAAGUGGGGCUACAGGAGCCAAAGAUGACAUGUGGCUUUGAUGUGUGGAUCAAAGAGAAUCCACAGUUGUUGAGCCAAGCCUACAACGAAAUCAAAAAGUGCCCCAAUUGUGGAAAGCCCUGUGCUGUCACAAUGGCUCUUUGCAAUGCCUGUGGAACAGCGCUGGAGGAAGUCGCCGUGUCCAAGAGUGCAAACCUCUUUGUCGCCUUCAUCUAUGGCGUGGACAAGACGGCCUUCCCCUUGAGGAUUUCAAUACGCUUAGAAACGAGAGAUAUCUUGGUUUUUGACGACCCGUUGUCAAUCACAGGUGCUCACGUUCUUUCUGUACCAACAGAUCAGUACUGUGCUGACAUUCGAUACCUCUUCACCAAUCCCGGUGCAGCUCUUGCUCUUUUGCAGAAGAUGGAAGACUCGGCCUGGAUUGCGCUGACACAAAAUCACUUGGCGUCUCCUGAGUGGAAGCAGAAAGCUCUAUCAGCUGCAGGAAAUGAGAUGCCAGUAGAUGCUCUGAGGGAACAUGUCAUAAUGGCUUUCAACUUGCCACCCUCACAGUACCAGCUGCAUCUUCAGUUUAUGCUCCCGCCGCUGUUGCCCUCACAUUUGGGUGUCUUUAGACGUGGUGCCCACUUUGUGCGCCUGCGCCACUUUCCCCUGGCCUAUUUGAAAGAAGCUUUGCAGAAGUUACACGCUGCUGGCCAGGCAUUUGCCGAUGCUUCAAGCCUCACUGCCGCAGAACUUGUAGAGCGUGUCAACAAGUUUGGUGUUGACUACGAGAAGGCCCAUGCACAGGACAUGCAGAGACUCGAGAAGAGCAAUGCCCUCCUCGCCAACUACGAUGUGGCAGACUUUACCCACGCGGUGAAGGGGGAUGAAGUCACCGACAAGCACACCAUGGAGAAAGUGGAGGGCCCUUCUGCCAAAGAGCUAGAUGGAGCAGACAAGCUGGUACUCCAAAAUUAUGGCAGGCGCCUCUGGAGCGGCACCGUGAAUGGCUCUCGUGCCACUGUGGGGGGGCUCCGAGGAGGCUUCGGGUGUCGGCGAGCUCACGGUGCAGCCUGGGUCCCUUUGGUGCCCUUGGCCACCAAGGGCCUUGAAAUACAUGGUGAACGAGGCUCUUUGAAGGAGGGCCCCUUCUCCAUGUGCUCUGGACUUGCAGGACCCAGCGUCUUCCGAGAGAGAUGCAACACUGACGUGGACUCCAGUGCCGAAAGCAGAAGUGGAGUGGAUCAAACCAAAUUCUUUGAGAGAAAUCCGGGCAUCCAGGCUCAAUGCCAGAGUCUUGGGGAGCGUCAGAGCUGCGAGAUGCAAUUUGCAUGCUUCUGGGAGCGCCCAAAGCCAUGUGAGGAUUGCAACAGCGGUUCUUGCAUGCCUAGCUGCUUGGAGAAGUACCUGCAGGGCUUCACACAGUUUCGUCGCAGCUCAGCUGCUACCUUGAUGCUGAUGGAUGGAGGUUCCCCGCCGCAGGAUGGCACGUUGAUGUGGCAAAGCUUCAACUCCAAAGAGAAGGAGCUGUUGGAGGCUGGAGGUGCCAAGCAAUUUCGACAGAAGAAAGGCGAUGACAUCCAAGCAGCGACGGAUGCUAUGCUGUUGAUCAGCGAUGCUUCUCAGAAGGUGCUCAAUUGUUGGGCCGUGGAAGGCCGCUUUUGGUAUGUAAAUCUGUGGCAUCCCGGCCUGGGACUACGAAGCAGUACCAUGUGCAUUCCAUGGUGCUGCAGCCAGGCCGAGUUGGAGUCCGACCUCACCGGGCGAUUUUUCAACACUCUCUCUGGAACAGAUGAGCAGAUGCAGAACAUCACCUCCAUGGAGGUGUCACACUGGGCAGACAUGCCUCUGGAAUUCGUCCUCAUUGGCUUGGAUGGGUGCGGUACGACCUCUUUGAGACGAAAUCUGGCAAAGCAUCCAGAUAUCAACUUUACCCAUUUGAAUGUCUUCAGCCAGGAUGAGGACUACUUUCUUGUGGAGAUGGGUCGACAGACUCUUCCGUACAUGCGGCAGGUGGAACGUUUAGUCGCACAUCGAGCGCAGAUGAAAGCAGAAAAGGUUGGGAUAUACCAGCCUUUGAUGUGGCAGGAGGAGCUGUUGGAGCACUUGUUGGCCAACAUUCCGAAUCUACGUGUGAUGGUGGCGGUCUGCGACCCCUUGGAUCGCUUUGAGCGGAAGUUGGAUUUGGAGGCUCACGCCGCUGACAUUUUGGAGCAGGUGCACCAAAAGGCGAGUGACACCAGGUCCACUUACUUCUCCGAAGCUCUAAGAUCCUGGGGCCGCAACUUUGCCGGUAGGGCGCUCUUCAUUGAAAAGGACAUGCAAGCUGCCCCAGAAACGCUGGAGCGCAUCACAAACUUCUUGGGCAUCAGGCCAUUCCCGCAGCAGGUGCGCUUCAAGCGCUACAACUCUCGGGGCCGAAGGCGUUCGAGACUUUGCUCUCAUCCAAACUUGGUUCAAAACCUGAAAGGUCUCUUUGAGCCUGAGUACAACCUCUUGGAGGAGAUCCUCGGUGCCGCCGCCAGUGAACGUCUCCGAGCGCGGCGCACCCGCUGCGAAGUGCCCGAUGACUUUAAGGAGGACGGACAUGGCUGCACGCUUGGCAGUGCGUUUGGACUGCGGUUUGAGAAGGUUUCUUGA